AUGCCCCCGUGCGCCCCGUCCUCUUUGAGCUCGUCACCUGCCUCGCCUUCUGCCCCUCGUUCUCCGCCUCGGCCGCGCUCUGCCGCGUCAUCUUCGCCAUCCUCGUCGUCAUCGCCUUCCUCGUCUUCUCCGUUGCCAUCAGCAGCGCCUACUCCGCUGUCGCCUCACCCGCCGCCUCCUCAUUCUCCUGUCCUUCCUUCCCUGGCAUCUUCGCCGUUUCCUGACUCGCCUUGUGCUCCCACGUGGCCCCCUGCCGGUGCCUGGAGGCGUCCUUCUUUGCCGUCCUGCCUGCUGCCUCCCGCGUCUGCCUCGGCGUCGCCCUCUCCUGCGGGCGGGUCUUCGAGUUCAAAGCAAGGGACCGAAAAGACUUCUCGGAGGUCCACAUCGCCCGUCCCGUGCUCUGCUCGUCCCUCUGCUUCCUUUUUCUUUUCUCCUCUUCUCUCGCCCGCGCCGUCGCUUUCCGAGCUCCUCACGCUCGGCUCGCGUCUGUCGCCGAUAGGCUCUGUUUUGGAGACAGGAGACGCACGGGAAGGCGAAGAAGGGCGGGAGACGCCUGUAAAGAUAGAGCUGGCGAAGGAUGUGCACGAGGCAACGCCCAGAGACAAGAGCGUCGGACAGCAAAAGGCGAGACGCGGAAGCAUGCCCCUCCUACCAUUCGCUGACAGGACUGCUACAGAAUGCGAAGCGGCCUCACUCAGUGAAAGCGACGCCAAGCCCGACGCCGAGAAGGACGAGAAAGAGGAUAGCGAGGAAGGUGAAGACAGCUGGGGAGACAGGCUGCGUGACGGCGACGCCAAACUCCGAGAGAGAAGGGAUCUUCUCCCUCUCAAAAAGGACAUUGAAGCACGCGUCCAAGCGCUCCAGCCUCUGUCUCCAUCGUUUUCCCCUUUUGUCCGGCGUCUUAUUCUUCUCGUCAACGACUUCGACAGAAAGUGCGCCGACGGCGAUGCCGCCGCGAGUCGCGCGCGUGCGGACUCCAAUACCGGAGACGACUGCAGCGGCGGGCAGCGCGGAGAGGACGGAUGGGAGGAGAGCAAAGGCAGAAUGAAGGAGAGGCAGUCUGCCUUGCUGGUCCACCCACAGGCAAGUGCUUCUAGACUGCCAGUCUCUUUGGCGUGGUGUGAAGCUGAAGCGGAUGAGAGAAAUGCGUUGACUGAGUUGGAGAGAACUCCGAGCACGCUGCGCCGGGACAGCUCAGGCGCAUCCCUCCCAUUCUCGCUUCGUCUGCAGAUCUUGCCGCUGUCCCCUUCGGCUCUCGGUGCGCUGCCGGUUGCAGGGAGUCUAGUGGAGAGCUCGCUUUCUUUUGAUUUCCAUCGGCCGAGCUUCUCCACCUUCGCCGCCAAGACGCUCUUCGAGUUUUCGCGGUAUCUGUUUUCGUCUUCUUUCUCCACGCCAUCUUUCGCGCGUUUGGACGCACUUGAACGGGUGCCCAAAUGCGGCAUGGACGACGGAGAAAAAGGCAAGCUCCUGCUCGUCCUGUUGUGGAGUCUCGCGACGCUGCAACUGCAGGGACACUUUCGACUCGCCUUUCUCCUUUCUUUCCGGUUUCUCAUGGACAGAAAAGAAAACGAAGGCCGCUCCCGACUUUCCGAGUCCGACCUUGCCACGUGCGCAUGCAUGUGCCGCUACGCGGCUCUGUGUCGCGUCUCCUGCGUGGAAGCUCUGGAGGUUUUGCUGGCGCCAGAAAACCUUUCUCGUCUUUCUCCCAGCACUUCUCUCAGCUGGACGCUGGACGGCCUCCUUGCACUGGUCGACUACGAAGCGCCGGUGCGUCAGCUCCGCGAGCACCUCCCUGACUUUCUUUUGGAGGAAGAUUUCGUGUGGCGGAGGGGCGGCGAUUUCGGGACGGAAGAGGAGGCGGCGCAGGCAGUGGCCAACCGCGGCGUCUCAAGAACUGGACCGAGAAGCGACGGUCCGUGGAGCGUUGCUCUCAAGGCCUUCGUCGCUCUGACCAAGGCUGCAGAUGCUGAUGUCGUCUUGGCAGAACGGAUGCUUCACAACAUCGGCGGGUUUGUGCAGAAGCAUCUGGGCAGAAUCCCGACGUCGCUGCUCGCCUCCUGGCAAGCUGCGUUGCGCAGACUGAUUCGCGCGAAGGAGCAGCAGGCGAUCAACGGUUCGCAUCGCGACCUGCAGGCAUGCAUCUCGGAGGCACCGCCGCGGGACCGGAAAGACCUUGCGGCCGACUGCCAGGGCCAGCGAGACGACGAGAACGGCGAACGGGAAAGAGAUAGAGAGGACGAGACAGAUCCGGGAGACAGGCGGCGUGGAGACACAGGGCGCGAAGGAGUGGCGGGAGUCUCCUCUCGACCUCUCGGCUCAGACAAAGCGUCAGGCAGUCUGGAGCUGGAUCCCGCAAAGGCGGAGACAGUCUGGGGAGCGUCGCGUCCUGCCGCGUCUGCUCCGCCUUCGUCUCCGUGGAGUGACCGCCCUGGGUCAGAAGAAAUAGGCGGGAGACGCAAGAAGAUUUGGAACGACUGUCGGCUCCUGGGCAGCGAGGCCGCUCGAGUGCGGCGUCAAGAAGAGCGGUAUCGGCACGUGCUCAGUCUCCACGAAAACGUUUUCUCUCACUUGAAGGCGCGCCUCCAACAGCCAAAGCAGUCCGGCAGUAACCUAGACGAUCUUCUCCACGUCAUGACGGAAGGCCUUCCGGGUACCUACAUCCAUUCGUUCCCGCAUCAGCGGCGCCUCGCUGGUGCUCUUCGGUCGAUUUGCUGGAAUGCUGUGAAAGCGCAUGGCCCGGAGAAAAUGUCGGCGCCCCAGAUCCUUCGUUUCCUCCACGCCGCCUUCCUGCACAGCCUCGCGAAGAACCCGGAGGAAAUGCUGCCUUUUCUGAGUCAACUCAAGAUCGCCUCUCGGCCUGCCCUUCUGGAGACCGGCAACCAGCUGCUGCUCUCUCGGGUCCUGUACGUUGCGUCCAAGAUGGCGGACAUCCCGGAGGACAUCAAAUUCCGUUUUUUCCGGUCGGCAGCGCGUCUGCAUUUGGCCGUGCUGCGAAGACACAAGUGCCAAGGCGAGGCGGGCGAAGACGAUGAAAGCGAAGACGAAGAAAGCGAAGACGAAGAAAGGGAGGGCAAAGCCGGAGCACUGGGCACGAAAGCCGCCAGACCAAACUGCGAACGUUACACGGUGUAUGGACAGCAGCUCGAGCUACAAACCUUGGUCAAUGUCGCGACUGCAUUUCGAUCUUGUUCUUGGGCAGACCCGGAAGCGUGGCGCCUUCUCUCCGAGUUCUACGUUGAUCAUUCGCACCCGACGUUCACCGAACUACUCGUCGAGAGCGAGUCCGAGUCUUCGUCCUCAGUUUCGCACACUUCCGUUCGCGCCUCCUGGUCUCCAAAUGCGGGACGCUUGGAUGCCCAGCGUCUUCCGCCGUCGCUGUUUUUCUGCGAGCAAACGGGGCUUCUUCCGCCGUCCCUCGGCCUCCUCGCGUUCGCAGACAGAAUCGCGGCAGACCGCAUGCGCCACGCGUGGCUGCUCCGCUGGGUCCGAACCGGCAUUCUUCUGAUGGCCAACUCUGCUCGCCUAACUGGGCACGUCCAUCCGGACUUAGUCGGCCUUGUUUUCCGAGUCCUCAUGGACAAACGACCUCGGCAGCCAGACGGAGAAACCAUUCUAGGCAUGCUCCCGCAUGGCGUUCUCCUCGACGCCUUAGGAUCCUUCACACUUCUCGGUUUCCACCGGCGGCAUCCGUCGGCGUUUGACAACCUCCUCGAGUACAUCACCACCCGAGGGAGUUCCCUCGUCCUCGUCGACGCACUCGCGACUCUCACCGCCUGGACGGUGACGGACAUUCUGCGCUGUGAGGGCGACGAGGCUCUCCGCUGGCGCGUCUCGCGUCUCGCCAGCGAGCGGGGUAGCAAUCCCCUGUCGCAAGUGUGUCGGGUGUCUAGACACCAAAUUGAGAAGCUCCUGUUGCCGUUCAAGGAGGCGUGCGAGGCCGCGGCUGUCGACGUGAGCAGCAGGUUGCAUGAGCUGGGAAUUCCCCACACGCUGUGGCCCCUGGACGCCGACGGCCUUCCGCUGGCUAUCUCGCUUCAUCUUCCUUCGUGUCACCCAUCGAUAGCUUCGUCUCCGCGAUCCACGGAUUUUGCUGCGUCUUCGUUCCCUCAUGAGAGGGAGGAGAAACUUGGUGUGGUGUUGUGUCCGGCGUCGGUCACGGAACGACGAGAUAAGCGCGCGAGAACGGGGCCCGUGCACUUUUCCGACAAAGAGCCUUCAGAAACUCUGAGUGAGUAUCUGACACGGAAAUUUAAUGAAGAGGAGGACGACUUCCGUCUCGCGGCCCGCUUUCUCUUCUUUGACGUCGGCGAUCUGCCUGAAGCUCUUCGCCGGAGAGGAUGGAACCGUCUCGUUUUCCUCUCUCUCGCCGACUGGCACCGGAAGGAGUCUGACGCGCCCAGAGAGAAAGAGGAGAGCACCGACAGGAAUGGACAACUUCUUACAAAGCUUCUGAUCUUCUGCGGCGGCGAAGCGCUCGUCGGUCCCUGCCUCGUCAAAGGUGGCGGCCUUCCAUGA